GGAAGAGAGAGAGGAAGAGGUGGAUGGAGGCGGGCCGGAGAGGAGAGAGAGGUCUUGCCUCUUGUCUUGCCGAGGCUCUUUGAUUCAGUGGCAGUGGCUGAGACGGCCGUGUUACCGGUCACUGUUUACCCGUGUGACUGCGAGCCUCAAUCACGCUCGAGACAAACGGCUAAGUAAAAGGGAGAUCUCCCGGGAGGACACUGAGUCCAUAUCGCAUUUCUGCGGACGAAAUCAAAGAAGACGUUUGACCAAAGUCAACUUUUAUCGGAAGACGUCCUCUGUAGUGGGUCACCACAACGUCUGAAGAUGCACGGUGUGUCAGUUGUGCGCAAAAUCUGCCAGUCAAAGUCCGUAAGCUUGGCACAAACAGGAGUACCAGCGAUGAAGAAACCCGCAAGAAGCUCCACUCGGUAAGAAGUGGAAGAUACCCAGAGGCUAAACAGAAGAGAGUGGAGGCAAACAACUACCAGCGCGUCCUCAAAUGAUGGGGAUACAGCACCUUCUGCUUAUUUUGAUUUACUUAGACCCGCUGAAUGUCCUGUGCGCAGCCACCACCAACAAAAAGAGCAAAAUCCCUCUGAGGAAGAACUCAAAGUUGAAGGAGGUCAACGGCAGCACCACAGUGGUCCCCUCGGGCGCGGCUGUCCCGGGGAGGAUCACCCAGGUCCAGGCUCCCUCGGUCGGCGUAGUCCAGCACGACACCUGCAUGGGCUACUACGACGUGAGCGGGCAGUACGACAAAGAGUUCGCCUGCAACAACACCGACCACCGCUUCUGCUGCGGCAGCUGCUUCUUGCGCUUCUGCUGCGCGGACCGGGGGAAGCGUCUGGAGCAGAAGAGCUGCACCAACUAUAACACCCCGGACUGGAUCAAAACCCAGCCUCCGUCACCGGCACCAACAGGUGACACGUACGACCCAGAGCUGGACCAAACCAACACCACGGUCUACAUCACCUGCGGGGUCAUUGCGCUCAUCAUUGCCAUUGGGAUUUGUAUUAAAGUUGCCUAUGAUAAAGCCACCAAGCCUCCUCAGGAAAUGAAUGUGCACAGAGCCCUGGCAGACAUUCUGAGGCAACAAGGACCAGUUCCAGUUUCUCAGUAUGAACAUGAAAACAUUGCCGCGAUUGAUGGGUCCCCCAAAGACGAGACGCCGGUCAGAACCUCGAAGAAUCAUUACACACCUGUUCACACUAAAGCAUCAAAUCACGGGCAUUAUGGGAAAGACACCCUGCGCAGUGGAGGCCAAGACAUGCACAACUUUAUCUCCUCUGGGUUUGUCACACUCGGACGUGGCCAUUUGAAAGCGCAGCACUCCAUAGACGAGUCAGGGCAGAUGUCCUGGCAGGGCGACCUGGACAUCCCCAUGUCCUACGGAAACCACCACCAUGACUACCAGCACAGCCACCUGGAUCUGACUGCGCUCACGCCCAAACUGGCCCACAGACAAAUGAGAUAUGAGCGGCCCCAGCGGAUGAACAACAUCCUGACCUCAGCCACGGAGCCGUACGACCUGUCCCUCUCCAGAUCCUUCCAGAACCUGAGCCAUCUGCCGCCCUCCUACGAGCUGGCCCUCAAGCCUGACUUAAGUAAAUACUCUCUGCACAGAUUAAGUGAUAAAGACAUUGACGACUCGUACUACUCCAGGAAGCAUCUUCACCCUGACUUCGGCCGGGGACCAACCCACAUGGUGAAGCUGAACCCAGAGCCCCAGCAGCACCAGCAACACCAGCAGCGCCAGCGUCCCCGUCGAGUCCAGAGGGCCAUGUCCCAGGACCAUGUCCUGUCUCCUCCCAGGACGCCACGACGUGGAGACUACGGCUUAUCUUCUUAUGGUGUCAUGGCGGCGGCAGCGUAUGGAAGCAGUCGCCACCUCUCAGAGGAGCAGCUACUUUCAGCGGACCGCCUGCACUCCCAGGAUCCUUUGCUGUCCCCGGCAAUGAGGCGUGACAAGUUCCGGGAGAAGGCAAUGGCACGGGCGAUGUCUCACGCCGACAUGCUGAUGCCCACCACACCUGUCAUGGACCGCCACAAGAUGACUAAGAUGCACUCUCAACCCAGUGCCUCUAACGACUCCUACAACACGCUGACGGUCAACCACCACGCCUCCACGUCUAAGAGGCAGGCGUUUGCUUCCCGACGAACACACACGGUGGACCACCUACAGUACAUUCCUGGCCACCACCACACAUACCGCACUGCCAGUAAGAACGAGGUAACUGUCUAACUGCAGACUGGAAGCAUUCACCAGAAAUCGGCAAGUCUCCACAGCAGAGCUGUUCAACCUCCUUGUUCUAAUAACCUCCUACAUUACAAACUCUCCCUGCUUUUUAGCACAAGCUUUUGGUGUCAUCCAGAUUUUGGGUAACUAGAAUCAACCCUGGCAAAGACGUUUCUCUCUCUUAGAGCAUCAUAAGGGCUUUGCGCGUUGACACAAAGAUCCCUCAUGUCGGACGUUUGACAACGCAGAGAAAAUAUUUUUUAAACUGGACACGGGGCUGGAAGGGAAUUGUAUCAACUUUAUAAAUAUAUAAAUAUACUAUAUUUACGAUUUGUAUUUUCAGUCCUUGUUAUAGCUUUAGAGAUUCACAUUAACUGAUGUAAGCACUUCAAGUGGUGCCUCUUGAAAUUGUCCCAUUUCAGCGAUGAAGUGGUUUUGUGGGUUAAAAAGCACAAUUUAUGAAGUCCCUUUUUUUUGGAUUAAGUUUUCUCUUCUUCUUCUGUGAAUGGCCACAUAUCAGCUUAUUAGUAAAAACAAAGGCUCUUUCUGUUGUGUACAAUAGAUGAUUGUAAAUAGGCUAUAUUAGCAUUAGCAUUUAACAAGAAAAGCUGGCCCUCUGGCAUUUUUUUGUUUUGUUUUCUCCCACCUGGAAUCUAUUAUGGAUUCCUAUUUAAUAAUUUAGAUUUUUUUUAGAUAAGGCAAAUUAAUAUUAUUUUCACAGAUGUCUGCAAAAUAUGUGGAUUUGAUAUAUAUGGGGACUAUUUUUACUUUUCUGACUGUGCUUGUAGCAUAGAGUGUAUGAAUUAACCUGUUAGCAGAGUCGAAUGGCAGCUUCAGUCUGCAGAUAUAGAUCCACAGGUGAAAUUGCUUAAUUUUCAUUCUCACAUGCCCUUGCUUUCUCAUCCUCGAUGAUGAGACUCCCCUGCUCACCCUCCUCGGUUUGUGACUGGCCAGCUACUUCCACCCCCACUUAUCAGGUACUCAGUGUUGCGGAACGUAUAAGUCAAGUAAUAGUUUUGUGUCGAUGUGAUGACUGAAACGAUCAGAACAAAAGAGGACAACAUAAUCGCUAGUCAAUCAAGCAUUAGUUGAACUGUGAGUGUCUUUAUGUUUUCAUUAAAGCAAUGCCUUAUUGUAUGGAAUCCCAUAUGCUCGUAAACGAACAAUCAUGCUUUUGUCACAUGUCUUGUCUUAACUUUUUGUGCAAUAUUAUUGAUUAUAAUUUACCAGCAGAACCAGCAGUGAAAACCUCUACAGUGAUAGACGAUACAGUAAAUAUACCUCAAAAUUAAAUUGAAGACAUCUCAAAGUUUAAAUCGAAGUAAUCAUUAGAUGUAUUGUUCUUCCGUUUGGACGUUCAUUCAACUAUUCCCUCAGUUACACUUAAGGUUUAGGGGUUUAGAGGUAUGUAAAUAUACAGUGCCUCUGUUUCCAGAUGUUCAGUCAGAUGAACUAGAGAGUGGAACUCUUUACAGAUUCUCUUGGUCCCUAGGAAUGAAAAAAAAAGUCCUGGAAAUGAGUGAAACAGUAUCCAAAUUGUCUAUAUUAUGCUAUAUUAUGAGUAGAAGAAGAGAUCUCAAACCAAAUAACGAUUUUUCUUUAAUGUCAACUAGAAUUGUCAAAGGAAUGCAAUGGUUUUCACAAACACAGUAAGAACCGCAUGAUGACGAGUGCCACAAAUACGAGAGAGAUUGCAUCCUCUUUCUCUAGAAGGUCAAACUGCUGAUCAGCCACGUGUUUAAUGUUUGUCACGUCCAAAACCAUUAGGAAAAUGUGUUUCAAUCUCACGUUAAUCACACUAAUUAUUCUUUUUAAAAAGACAGAAGCCAUCUCCAAUGUCAAUUUUCAUUGUCAUAAACCAUUUUUAAAUGCUGUACUUAAGGGUUUAUGGAAACAAGCCCAAUAUAUAUUUAAUUCAAAGUGAAACAUUUUAUCAUAAUCAUGGCUGAAGGUAUAAAAAAGGGUAUAAAGCCAGUUUCCAAAGUGCAAAGGAACAGGAAAAUUUGAAUGUGUCACUUUUUGAUGGUGGAGUGUCAUGACAGUACUAUACGAAGAAAUAGUUUCAAGAAUCAUGUGUCUUGUAAAAUUACUGAUCAAGUCAACAAUGCCAAGUCCUAUAGCUAGCCCAAUUUAAAACUAAUUUAGAAAAAUGCUAAAUCAAACAAAACAAUAAAAAAAACAUUUAGGUCUGGUCUGGUCAACUUCCAGAUGUCUCCAAAUUCUUAGGCUCAUGAAGACCUCUGCUGAAGAGUUCAGUGACCAUGACAAUAGUAUGGGAGUUCAUUGUGUGAAGGAAAGUCUUCCGAUUUUAAGCCUUAGCAUCUCUGUAGACUUGCACUGUCCCUUCAUAAAAUACAAAAUAUUCUUAGUGAAUACACUGAUUAUAUUGUUCAAGAAGGACAUCAGGAUAUUUGCUGUUCCUCCGGAUAUUUGAAUUGUCAGCUACUAUGUAAAAAAAAAAAAAACUCGAAUACAAAGUUACAUGUAAUUUGAACUGUGUAAUUUCAGUGGCAGGUACUCAGUGUCUCAUUGCACAUACAUCUAUGAUUAUGCUGAAAUGCGCUCAUGUCCCGCUGCACGUUCUUCUACUUUAUUUAUUUCAUUUUUUUUAAUGAUUGACUGACAUUAUGGAAAGGUGGCCACAUGUGUCCUGAGUUCAAGAAAUGUGUUUCUUUACCUUGGUGUGCCACUUUACUUUUUUACACCAGGUCUGCAUUUAAUGAUGUCAAUUAGAGGUUGUCUUUGUAUAUAUGAUUUUACUCCUUCUUAAGUUCAAAAUGCUUGAAGAACCUUUGACUGGGUGAGAUAAGACUGUUCAUUGUUCAGUAGACUGCUUUAGACAGAUAUCUGUGUCCAUCCACCUAGCUCAACUAAUUUCACAAACUUCUGCUCCUUCUUUUCACUUGAUUAAUAAUGAUGUCAUCCCAAAAGCCUUUUCUCUAUGUGCAAUAUUUCCUGUUCAUGCAGUAUAUCUCUAUAGCCACUCUUUUUAAAACGUUGUGAGGUUCAUUUGGUGCCAUAGAAGCUUUGUGUCCUUUUGAUUUAGGACCGUAUUGUCUUUCAUAGUCAAAUGAUGAGGUUUUUUUUUUUUUAAUACAGAUAAAUGUGGUAUGAAUGAAAACGGUGUCUGUGUAAUUGCAAAAAUAACUGGAGACUAAUUUAAAGGCUUCAAAACAACAACAUAUGACUGUUCUUGUGCAUUUUUCUGUUUGUUUACAAAUUAUUAAAGCACAUCAUGUGUGUUGUAUACA